AAUGUCUACUGCCGAUGCUCCUGCUGAGAUUCUUCAGCAGACCACCGCCUACCUCUCAGAAGUACUCUCACAAUCCGACCUCCGCCACCGCCUUUUCUCCACCUUCCUCCAAAAACUUCAACCCUCUGAAGAAGUCACUUUAAAACCUCUGAAACUAGCAUCUGAAACUCUUGAAAAUGCGCUCACCACUACUAACCCUUCCAUUAAAUCUUCGUCUCUCCGCCUUGCGGAAAAGCUUCUCUUAUCUUACCCCAAGAACUCAUUUUCUUCCUUCCUUUUAUCCCUUAUUUAUUCCCACUUUAACCGUUCUGCGGAUGCUGCCAUUAGUCUUUUCGAUGUAUUCCAAACUAACCCUUCAUUGACGAGAUUGGAGAUUGCACCUGUUCUGUUCGAGGAACUGUUUCUUAUUCAUUUUCUUCCUUUUCUUGAAUGGUACAAUGAGCGGAGGUCGCGAAUUUUGUCAAAUGUAUCGCAGAAUUUGGCUUCAGGUUAUGAUAGUGAUGAGCAAUCAGUGGUUGUGUCUCCGACAAGAUUAUUGAAGAAUAUGAGUCGCAAUCAGACAUUGGAAUUGAAAGACUUGGAGAGGGGUUAUGAGGAUAUUCUUGAUGAGAAUUGCAAGGUUUUUGCUGGGUAUUUUAGAGAGGUUUUGCAAAUCAAAGAUGGGAACCAAUUGAUUGAUCCACCCGUGGUGGUGCUACAAAUUGAUGAAACUGAGACACUUGAUUGCCAAGAAGAUGAUAAGUUGAAAAGAGAUCACAGCAUGAAAAACGGACGGUAUAAUCCGAUAUGGGCUGAAGGAGAUGAAUCAGUUGAGUUCAACAGCAGCAGCAGGGGAAAAAGCUUUUCCACAUUUCCAUCAUUUUAUCCUGAAAGAGUCUCUCCAAAUGUCCUCACAAAACAAGGAUCAACAAGAAAAUCCAAAUCACCCAGAAAUUUCAACUUUGAUUCUGAGCUGGAGUCUUUCUCCAAUGACAACUUGAGCAACUGUUACUCGUCAGGAUCUGGAGCAGAAGAAGAGGUGACUGAAAAUAUUGAAAAGGUGGCAUCGUUCAACUCUAGGGCCUCUAGGGAGAGCCAAACAAGGAAAGAAAAGCAGACAAAUAAUGCAGAAUCAAGUGGUCAUCCAGAUCCUCUCAUGGAAGACAUGGACAAUCAACCUGGUUCUGGGAAGCUUACACCACCGAAGGACUUUGUCUGUCCCAUAACCACUCACGUUUUUGAUGAUCCAGUGACUCUUGAAACUGGUCAGACUUAUGAACGAAGAGCAAUCCAGGAGUGGAUUGAUAGAGGGAACUCUGCCUGCCCAAUAACACGUCAGAAGCUGCAAAGCACCAUGCUGCCCAAAACAAAUUAUGUGCUAAAACGUCUCAUUGCAAGUUGGCAAGAACUAAACUCUGAUACAGUUCCUGGACAAUCUGAAACUUUGCAGCCUCUAGAUGAACCAAAAUUUGUACCAGUGAUACGGUCUGCUUCUCCAAAUUGUGUUAUAAGCCAAGCUACCAUUGAGGGAAAACUUUCUGAGCUGCGUGUUGCAAUUACCAACCUUUGUACAUCAGAAGUACUGGAGGAUUCAGAAAUGGCAGUUCUGCUAAUUGAACAGUUCUGGCAGGAAUUGCAAAUCGAGAUGGAUGUUCAAAAUAUGAUGUCAAAACCUGCAGUAAUCAAUAGUUUUAUGGAGAUUCUUUUCAAUUCUGUUGAUCCCCGAGUCCUGAGUGCUACUGUUUUCCUCCUGUCUGAACUAGGAUUAAGAGAUAACAAUGUGAUCCAAACACUAACCAGAGUUGAUUCUGAUGUCGAAUGUAUUGCUUCUCUUUUCAAGAGAGGAUUGCUGGAGGCUGUUGUAUUGGUUUAUCUAUUAAGACCUUCUGCAGUUAGCCUUGUUGAAAUGGACAUAGUUGACCCUUUGUUAACCGUUCUUACGACAAGAGAGGAGGAUUUACUGAAAAUGUGCAUGAAACAAAAAAAAGCUACUGUUUUACUGCUUGGUCAACUGCUGAAUAGUGGUGAGGAAGUACGGACAUCUGAAAUUGCUAGGGACUUGAUAUCUGAAAACGGAAUUGAGUACAUAAUGGGAAGCUUAGAUGCUGAAGUAAGGGAAGAAAAGAUUUCAGCUAUAGUCAUUUUGUUGAGGUGCAUGCUGGAGGAUGGAAAGUGCAGGAACAUGAUUGCUGAUAAAGCUGAAUUGUGUCCUAUUUUAGAGAGCUUGGUGGGGGCAAAUGAUGAAGACUUCUAUCAGAUAGUGCAGUUCCUAUCAGAAUUAGUCAAAUUGGAGAGAAGGACAUUUAAUGAACAGAUUCUGCAUAUCAUAAGGGAUGAAGGUACUUUUAGCACGAUGCACAUGCUUCUCAUCUAUCUACAGGCGGCUCCUCAGGAACAAUGCCCUGUUGUAGCUGGCCUUCUACUCCAACUUGAUCUCCUGGUCGAACCAAGAAAGAUGAGUAUAUAUCGAGAAGAGGCAAUAGAUGCUUUGAUUUCAUGCCUCAAGAAUCCUGAUUGUCGUUCUGCUCAAAUAGCUGCUGCUGAGACAAUUGUUUCUCUGCAAGGAAGAUUUUCCCUUGCAGGAAAACCCCUGGCAAGAGAUUUCCUGCUUAAAUGUGCCAGAGUAAACAGAAAUAAAAGGAUGAAAAGAGAUCAACUUGGAAGCAUUCCUGAUGAGAUUCAAGAAAAUAUGUCAUCGCAAAUUUCAGAGGGACUUCAGGAUCUGGCUGCUCACAUGAAGGAUAUCUUGAAGGGCUUGAGAGAACUUAAAAAAUCUUCAGCAUUUGCAGUCCAAAUGCUAAAACUUUUGUCAGAGGAGCAUGAGUCCAGUGCUGAUAUGUGGAAUCAUAAAGAAUUACUUUCAGAAGAUUGUAGCAUAAAUGGAGAAGUUCUAUCAGUUAUCUGCUUCAAAGACAAAAUAUUCUCUGGUCAUUCUGAUGGUACAAUAAAGGUUUGGGCAAUGAAGAGUGGAAAUAUGCAUCUCGUCCAGGAAUCUCAGGAGCACACCAAAGCUGUUACUAGCCUUGCAAUACUGCAGUCAGUUGAGAGAUUGUACAGUGGUUCACUUGAUCGGACAGUGAGGGUAUGGGCCGUUGGCGGCAAGGUAAUGCACUGUGAACAAGUUCAUGAAAUGAAGGAUCACGUUAACAAUCUACUAGUUUCAAACAGUAUCUCAUGCUUCAUUCCUCAAGGAGCUGGCAUCAAGGUGCACUCUUGGGGUGGAGCGUCCAAAUCGCUAAAUCCACAGAAAUAUGCGAAGUGCUUAACCCUGGUGCAAGGAAAGUUGUAUUGUGGCUGUCAUGAUAAUAGCAUUCAGGAAAUUGAUCUUGCGACUGGGACAGUCAGCACUAUCCAAAGUGGCUCUAGAAAAUUACUAAGUAAAGCAAGCCCAGUACAUGCAUUGCAAGCAGAUGACGGGCUGCUGUAUUCAGCCAGUUCUCCCUUGGAUGGAGCUGCUGUGAAGUUAUGGAGCACUUCAAACUUAAGCGUUGUUGGGACGCUGCCAUCAACCUCCGAUGUGCGUUCAAUGGCUGUAAGCUCAGAUCUUAUCUAUCUGGGGUGCAAGGGAGGCCUAGUGGAAAUUUGGAGUAAAAAGAAGCUCAGUAAAGUAGAAACACUUCAAGCUGGUACAAAUGCUAAAGUUCUUUCCAUGGCGCUGACUAGAAAUGAAGACAUGUUGGUAAUUGGGACAUCUGAUGGCAAAGUGCAGGCAUGGGAACUAAGCUGAAGGACAAUGCCGAUAAAUUGACAAAGUUUAGGAUGGCCAGAUAAAAGAGAUGGUUGAAGAGAGCUAAAAACCAAAGUAUAUUCUUUGUUACUUAAUUUGUUUUUUCUUUUCUUGUUGGCAAAUGAUUUACAUUCUUUCUAGAAUAAGAAACAUUUGAAACAGAGGUGGCCCUCUGAAUGUAUAUAUCUAGUUAGAAUCAAUUUGUACUAAUACCCUUUAUUAGACCAUGAACAAAGCUGUCUAUAUUUUGCCCUUGUAUCUAUAAGAGGAAUACAGAAGUUAUACCUAUUACAAAAUU